AUGUCGAGUUCACAGGCCAAAUGGCGCGAGGAGCAGAUCCUGAUCAUCUGCCCUGGCAGCAAGACAACCAUGGCGCAACUGGGCUGCACCGAGCUGACGCCUCCUAUGCACCGUGUUCCCACGAGAAUGUUCAAAGAUGGCGAUGAAUGGCGGCCGUAUUAUACCUUUAAGCGCACAAAGGUCGUCAAUGGUGUCGAGCAAGAGGAGUGGGUGGAGGAUGUAGACGAAGACAAGGGUGCUACAUAUCCGAUUCAAGGCGGCCGCAUCGUCCAAAUGGAUGCCUUCCUAGCCUUCCUCGACCAUGUCCACAGCUUGCUCACCACGACCUACCACAACACGCCCAUCAUGCUGAUGGCAUCUCCCCAGUGGACAAGACCUGACUGCGAAGCGAUCGCCCAGUACAUCUUUGAGAAGACCCGGACGCCUGCUCUUUGCAUGAUCCACAGUGGUAUCGCGACGCAAUACGGCCUCAAAUGGCCCAACAUGACCGUCAUUGAUAUCGGCUUCGAAAAGGUCGAUGUGACGGCAAUUCACGACGGACGAGUUGUGAACCACAUUGAUUUAGGGUCAUCAGGCACCGACAGUCCCAUAAGCGGAGGCGAAGUCUUCACACAACGAUUGCUGAAAUUGUUGGAGGGCAAGAACUUCAACCACGACAUGGCCGAGCAGUUGAAGAAGAGCACCAUUUGCGAGGUUCUCCCCUAUGCCGGUAAUGAGCAGAAACUCGUUGAGCUGCCCAAGGAUAAUGCGCCAGCUGGUGCUCCCCCAAGCGCUGCUCCUCCAACUGCUGCUGCACCACCCACGGAUGCAAGCAAGCCUGCUGAGCCUCCCAAGCCUUCAGAUACUGGUGCUGACGAGAACGGUGAAAAUGGAGAUUCUAACAACAACGGUGGUGACGAAGAUGGCGUACUAGAUGUUGCUGCCAUUGUUACCAGUGGCCAGACCAAGGAGUUCCUCGCUAAGAAGGAAAAGGAGAGGGAAAAGGGCAAACCCGGCCGUAAACCAAAGGUUCAAGAUGCCGAUGCCGCCCCAGCGAAACCCGCUCGUCUCCCUAAUUCCAAGAGAAAACUAAACACUUUUUUCUACGAAGAGAUCAUCCAGGAACUGGUCCCACCGGAGCCAAAGGAGAAAGGCACAAACGGCACAACAGAGACGACAGCUGAGAAGCCCGCCUCAGAGCAGCAACAGCCUCCCAAGGAGGGCGAAUCUACUUCAGCUCCCGUAGACGGAACUGCUCCCGCAUCCAACACCGAAGAGACGACCGCCAAACCCGAGGAAAAACCAGCAGAACCUCCCAGCGACAGCGCUCCAUCCGCACCAGCACCCGUCCCAGCAACCGAAGAACUCAAGCCCGAAGCCGCCAAGCCAGAAAGCACCAUACCCGACACCCCAGAGUACAGACCCAAGCGCGUCCGUCGGGACAUCGAAAUCGGCCUGGAGCGAUUCACCUUUGCAGACCGCUACGAAAUCGACCGCAUCGUCACCGCCAUCUACCGCACCAUCCAGGGCAUCGACGACAUGUACAUGCGCCCCCAAUGCUGGGACAACCUCGUCUUCGUCGGCAACGGCUCCCGCCUCCGCGGCCUCAAGGAGAACAUCCUCCAGACCCUCAACGCGCGGCAUCUCAUCUCCCCGUCUACCGCCACAAUGUUCACCUCAGAACUGCCCUCCAACAUGGCCACCCCUUCUGGCACGGGAUCCCAAACCCCCACCGGCUCCUUCACCGGCGUGCCUCACCAGCUCUCCACCAGCGGCGUGAACCCCCUUCUCCAAGCUGCCACAACAGCCAGCACCCUCGGCGUGGGAGCCGCAGGCGGUACCGGCGCAGCAGCUACCCCUGCUGCUGGCUCUGACGCCGCCGGCCCAGCGGGCCAUCACUUCCACAGCCAAACGCCCACGAGUAUCAAGACGGCUAAUCUCCCGGGAUACCUGAGCGAAUGGACCAAGAAUGGUUUCGAGGAGGCCAUGUUCCUGGGCGCACAGGUCGCUGCCCGAAUUGCAUUUAGUCUGCAUUCUAACAUGGAUGCGCAGAGCAUCGAGGCCCAGCGACUAAUGAGUCUCAGCAGAGUAGACUACAACGAGCUCGGUCCUAAGGGUAUCCGAACACACUCUAUGCUGAGCUAG